AUGUCUAUCCUCAACCCGGAGUACGGGAAGCUUUACGGGCAAUACAAGCAAGCCACAGACAACGUUUUGUCUUGGAUCAGAGCUCUCUACAACCGUCCGAGCACGAUUCCCCUGAACAGUCAUCUUCAGUUGGCUGUCUCAACCGUUCAAGACGGAAUCAAAAUACCUGAGGACAUACUUGAAGACCUGAGAACAGCAAUCGACCUAAGAAGCAAGACGGCCGAGUUUCAUAGGCAAAGUGGAACAUCAGACCACGGACACGACCACUUCAUUACAAUUCUUCAAAGGAUCUCGUGGAUCUUCUCUCCUUCGAGACCGUCAACACCGGAAUCGACCUCCACAAGUUCGACACUUCCAUUACCCGCUCCCUAUCAGCAAGAGUCCUUCACACCCCAAGCCCCUACUCCUCCCUUCCAGGGGUAUUUACCACCAUUUCCUUUGCAGCAGGAAUGGUGCCCUCCUCCGUUCUGUGCAUUCGAUUACACUUAUCAAUAUCAGCAACAGCCCAGCGGCGCCUUCUAUUCACCACCUUCUUUUCCGCCGUCACCACCCGGCCUCUAUCCGGCAUGGAGUGUAUCUUAUCUCAAUACUCUCCUAUCGACCUAG